UGGGAUUUAAUUGAAAUCUAGCCAUGGAACUGCUAAAACUGGUCGCUGUUUUGGGAGUCUUACUGACUCCGGUGGCUGUCAACGCCACCUGUAAUAAGUGCAACGAUGGGCACACCUGCAUUAGCAGAACGCAGUUCCAAUUCUGCGACAAUCCAUCGGUGGAUCAGUCAACAGUUUAUGAAUGCCCUGAAGAGAGCCCUAUUUGUGUGGACUACGGAGCCAUAUGCUUUCCAGAAAGCUCUGGUGUUUCAGCCGGAUGUGGUGAUACCUCCAACUGUGGCGUUUGCUCCAAUGAUGAGACAUUUGCCUGCACCUCCCGCACCACCUUUGCCCUGUGCAGUGGUGGCGCUGUUACGGGAAACAAUAUCAACUGCACCGACGAUUAUGUUUGCAGUGUUUCAGGUGCCUCAACUGGUAGUCCCUGUAUCUCCCGAUGCAGUGCCACAGAUGGAGAUAUUUGCGAUGUGGCGCUGAACAGCAACGAAGAUAAUAGCACCACAACCACGGUUGAUCCAACAGCUACAACUACUUCGGAUGGAACCACUGAUAGCACUACUGCUUCUGAUUCAAAUUCUACUUUGACUACGGAUUCAACCACUGAACCAGGUACCACCACCACCAUUAUCCCUCCGGACUUCGAUGAGCAAACUUAUUGCCAAGGACUUAGUGCAGUGGGUCGUUAUCCUAUUCCUAAUGACACAGUUUGUACAAGCUACGUAUACUGUGUCUAUAGAAGCGAAAGUUGGUCAGGAGUAGUGUACCCGUGUCCUUCCGCGAAGCCUUAUUUCAAUGCAAAUGACUAUAACUGUGGAACUGUCCAGCCAACUUCUGCAGGAUGCCUUAUUUAGGAACUACUUAACAUAUGUUGAUAAAUAUUAUAGAACAAAUUAAAUAAACAAAUAAUUUUAUUCAAAACA